AUGAAGUCGGCCGCUCGCCUCUUUUACUUGUCCGUCUUCGCACUCUGGGGUCCCCAGGUCCAAUGCCUCACACAAGACACCACUCAAGAUGCUUGCGCGAUAUCGCCCAGGGCAAUAGUCAGCGAUGCCUGCGCAUCAUAUUCGACACUCGAGCGGUUAAACCGCAACGUCAAGCCAGCUCUUGACGAGCUGACGCAGACGACGGAUUUCUUUUCGUACUACCGACUCAACCUCUUCAACAAGAAGUGUCCAUUUUGGAACGACGAGGAUGGCAUGUGCGGCAACAUUGCCUGCGCCGUCGAGACGCUCGACAGCGAGACAGACAUCCCCGAGAUAUGGCGCGCUAGCGAACUCGGCAAGCUCGAAGGUCCGAGGGCUAAGCACCCCGGCAAGACGGCGCAGAGAGAGCGGCCCCAGAGGCCAUUGCAGGGGAAGCUAGGAGACAACGUCGGCGAGAGCUGUGUGGUCGAGUAUGACGACGAGUGUGACGACCGCGACUAUUGCGUGCCCGAGGACGAGAGCGCCGGUUCCAAGGGAGACUACGUGAGCUUACUGCGCAACCCGGAGCGCUACACAGGCUACGCCGGCGCCGGCGCCAAGCAGGUCUGGGACGCGGUAUACCGGGAGAACUGCUUCCAGAAGAGCUCGUUCCCGCACUCGGCGUCGCUGGGCAAGAUUCCGACGCCCAAGGGUCCGGCUGCUAUGGACUUCAAGGCCGUCAUUGAGGCCGCCGGGCGGCAGCAGGCUCUUGAGGAGCAGCGCCAGCACAACCCGCUGACGCCCUUCGUGGCCAAGACGGGCUUGGAGCACGAGGACGAAUGCCUUGAGAAGCGCGUCUUCUACCGCGUCAUGUCGGGCAUGCACGCCAGCAUCUCGACGCACCUGUGCUGGGACUUUUUGAACCAGACCACAGGCCAGUGGCAGCCCAACGUGGGCUGCUACAUGGCCCGCCUGCACCAGUUCCCCGACCGCACCAGCAACCUGUACUUCAACUACGCGCUCCUCACGCGCGCCAUCGCCAAGCUCGGGCCCUACCUCGCUGCCCACGACGACUACACGUUUUGCAUGGGCGAUGCGGACGAGGACGCGGCGACGCGGGCCAAGGUGCUGGCCGUGACGAACAAGGCGGCGAGCGUGCCGCAGAUCUUUGACGAGAGCCUUAUGUUCAAGAACGGCGAGGGUCCAUCGCUCAAGGAGGACUUCCGCAAUCGGUUCCGCAAUGUCAGCCGGCUGAUGGACUGCGUCGGCUGCGACAAGUGCCGCCUCUGGGGCAAGCUGCAGACGGCCGGCUACGGCGCCGCGCUCAAGGUGCUGUUCGAGUUCGACAACAGCGCCGACAAGCCUGACGUUGUGCUGCCCGUGCUCCAGCGCACCGAGCUCGUCGCCCUCUUCAACACCUACGCGCGCCUGAGCAGCAGCCUGAUAGCCAUCCAGCAGUUCCGGGCCAUGGUCGAGCAGUCCGAGGCCGCCGCCAAUGUCGAUGGGCGCGUCAAGGAGGCCGAGAAGAUCAAUGUCAUCCCGGACCGCGCAAAGAAGCCGCGCCACGUGAUUGUGCCGUCCGUGUCUGCGCCGUCGGAGGCCGCCGUCGACGACGACUUUGACGACGAAUUUCUCGACGACGACUUGCCGGAGUUUCACGAAAACACCACGCUCAAAGACGAGUUUAAUCAGGAGUUAGAGCUGGUCAUGAGGGCUUUGAGAGCUGUGCUCAGGAGCUGGAUGUCGUUUCCGCGGACAUUCCUCGACAUCAUCACCUCGGAACUGCUCCGGGUGUGGCAGGGCUUCAUCGGCCUUCCCGUCCAGCCCCGGUCGUGGAAAUUCCAACGACCUAGCAUGGACGAGCUAUGA